CAAAGAGAAGAGCCGUCUAGUGUCGGUGUCGGUGAUUUAUUCACUUUAAAGCGGAGAGUUUUUGUUUAGUCACCUUUAAAACGUCAGCUACUGACGCCUGAACCUGCGCUGACAGAAGCCAGUAAACAAAGGCGCUCUAUAGCUGAGGAGAAGGCUGUUAGCUUUGCUGCUACGCCCACUUUAUGGUCUUCAGUCAGCGGGCUAAUGCGGACGAAACCAGGGCCCGAAUGUGUCGAACAUAACUUUCUGACACCAAUUUUAAUGAGGGGAAAAACAAGAAGAGGGGUUAGCUGUUCUGUGCAUGGCUGUGUCUGGUACUACACUAACCUUGAGCUGAGUUGCCUGAGCCUGCUCUCCUCUACCUGUCAUAAGGCAACAGGAAGAAGCAUCCAGCUUCUUCUUUCUGGACAGCCCUCCUUACUCUGACCACUGGCACAGCUCCACCAACUAUCCAAGAGAUAGAUGAGCCUAGAAGACUUUCCCUGGAGCUGAGUGGAGCCUGGCCUGGGGGAGAUGAUGCCAUGUGUGUAGAACCUCACCUGUUCAAGCCAUGAGCCACCAGGAGGCACCGCUGGGCCAGGAGCUGAGUGAGGUGGUUGAAGCUGACCUGGAGCGGCGGGGCCCCGAGGGCCAGCAGCCACCCUCUCACCGCAGACGGCAUGACAACUCGGGCCGCUCUCGUAACCACCACAAUGGGCAUGGUGGAGAAAAUGCCCAUGGGCAGCAUGGAGCGCAGCGUUACCGUCGGUACGAGGGCUCCGAGGGGGCUGGCCGCCCACGCAUGUCCCGCAGGACACCUGAAGAGGGUGAUUUGGAGCAGCAACAUGCACAGCAGCCCAUUCCACGCCCAGCGGUGACCCGUUACCGCCGCCAGGGUGACGCAGAGGCACGGCUUCGGGCGCAGCAGCAGAGGCAAAGACAGCGGGAGAGGCAGCAGAGGGAGGCAGAGAGGGCUGAGCAACAGAGGCUGGAACAGCAGCAGCCUGGAGAGCCCGAGGAGGACGAGGAGGGAGGCAAUGCCCUGGCACGCUCAGCCAGCACCGAAAGUGGCUUCCACAACCACACAGACCGGGCCGAGGGAGACGCUGUCAUGGCCUUGGAGGCAGAGCCUGAGGAUGAGAGCACAUACGGCGUCCCUCUGCGGCCUGAGGCUGAAGAAUACACAGAGAGUGCUGAGUCAGAGCAGCAGCCAGCAGGACCGCCCCAUGCACAGCCCCAUUACCCUCCACAGCCACCACCACUGCCCCGGGAGCCUUUGCCUAACACUGAGAGGCCACCCAGACAUGACGCUGAGGCCCUCAACCCCAACUACUCCAACUACGUUUAUACACAGCCACUGUACCGCAGGCCAGGUCGCGAGGGCCAAGCCCAAGCCGAAGAUGAGCCCUAUUCUGAACCCUAUGCCGACUAUGCCGUCCAAGAGCAUGUGUACGAGGAGAUCCCAGAAGCCCCUGGGACGCAGGCUGAGGGCCAGACGGCACAGCAGCGGCAACGGGCUGGCUUCCGGCUAUUUGAGCGAAACUCGUACCGGCAGCAGGAGGCCGUGGGCUCCAGGCUACACCACUAUGACGAGCGCUCAGACGGCGAGUCGGACAGCCCAGAGAAGGAAGCAGAGUUUGCACCAUACCCACGUGCUGACAGCUGCGAGCAAGACGAGGACAUUGACCAGAUUGUGGCUGAGGUGAAGGAGAGCCUGAGUUCGCAGAGCUUGGAGCAUGCAGCCGGAAGCACGGGCAGAGAGGAGGAAGAAGAGGAUGAAUGGCCCGAGUCUGAGCACCACGAGCAAGCUGAGAUGAAGGAGGGCAAGCUUCAGGAGCCCCCAGGUGAGGAGGGGAAAGGAGAGGAGGGUAUGACCCCUGAAGGCAGCCCUUCCGAGGAGCAGGCUCCUGCCAGGAGCAGUCGGCAAAAGAGGGAUGCUAUCUCUCUGGCCAUCAAGGACAUCAAGGAGGCCAUCGAGGAGGUGAAGACCAGGACAGUGCGCUCGCCAUACACGCCAGAUGAGCCUAAAGAGCCCAUCUGGGUGAUGAGGCAGGACCUGAGCCCCACCGUGGAGUCAGACCUACAGCCGUCACUAGGGGGUGAUUCCCCAGGUUCAGGCUCCACCUCUCCACAGGGGGCGGAGUCUUCCAGCCGCCACCUGCCGCUGCACGAGGGGAGUGACAGCUUUGAGUCCCCAUCCCCUGCCAGCAAAGAGUCAAGGAGAAGCCUUGCCGCGUUUCCAACAUAUGUGGAAGUUCCAGGCCCUUGUGACCCAGAGGACCUCAUUGAUGGCAUCAUCUUCGCAGCAAACUAUCUUGGUUCAACGCAGCUGCUCUCGGACAAGACGCCCUCGAAGAAUGUGCGCAUGAUGCAGGCUCAGGAGGCUGUCAGCCGCAUCAAGACGGCCCAGAAAUUAGCCAAAAACAGGAAGAAGGCGCCUGAAGGUGAAGCUCAGCCCAUGACUGAGGUGGAUCUUUUUAUUUCCACUCAGAGAAUCAAAGUUCUCAAUGCAGACUCCCAGGAGACCAUGAUGGACCACCCCUUGAGAACCAUCUCCUACAUCGCUGACAUUGGAAACAUUGUGGUACUGAUGGCUAGGAGAAGAAUGCCUCGCUCCGACUCUCAGGAGAAUAUGGAGGCAUCUGACCCAGCCCAGGAUGAGAAGCGGCAGUACAAGAUGAUCUGUCACGUGUUCGAGUCUGAAGAUGCACAGCUCAUAGCACAGUCCAUUGGCCAAGCCUUCAGUGUAGCAUACCAAGAAUUCUUGCGUGCCAAUGGCAUCAACCCCGAAGACCUGAGCCAGAAAGAGUAUAGUGACCUCCUCAACACACAGGACAUGUACAACGAUGACCUCAUACACUUCUCCAAGUCUGAGAACUGUAAAGAUGUUUACAUAGAGAAGCAAAAGGGAGAAAUUCUAGGUGUGGUGAUUGUAGAGUCUGGCUGGGGCUCCAUCCUUCCCACAGUCAUUAUCGCUAACAUGAUGCAUGCUGGACCUGCGGAAAAAUCAGGAAGACUAAAUAUAGGAGACCAGAUCAUGUCUAUCAAUGGCACCAGCCUUGUUGGACUCCCUCUUUCCACCUGUCAAAGCAUUAUUAAGGGGUUGAAGAACCAGUCCAGAAUCAAGCUGAACAUUGUCAGAUGCCCACCAGUCACCACCGUCCUCAUCAGAAGACCAGACCUGAGAUACCAGCUCGGCUUUAGCGUGCAAAAUGGCAUUAUUUGCAGCCUUAUGAGAGGGGGAAUAGCUGAGCGAGGCGGGGUCCGUGUGGGUCACCGCAUCAUUGAAAUCAAUGGCCAGAGUGUUGUAGCCACUCCUCAUGAGAAGAUUGUACACAUCCUGUCAAAUGCAGUUGGUGAGAUUCACAUGAAGACUAUGCCAGCUGCCAUGUACCGCUUGUUGACAGCCCAGGAGCAACCAGUUUACAUCUGAAGCCACAAUACUACCCUCAGCCUCUUGACCUGUCCUCACCUCACCUAACCCCUAAUCCUUCUUUAAACUCCUACGGACUGCUGACUGAAUGAUUGAACUGAGCUCCACCAACCAUGACUCCUUUUUUCCAUGAAGUUUUCCUUUCUAUUUACUGCCUUUCCCUUUCUGUCUCAGCUUCCCUCAGUGUGAUGAUGUUUGCUUCAGUGUGUUGAACAUCUGUUUCUGCACAUGUCUGACUGUCCAGGAGGAAAACAGUGAUGGAAAGAGAGAAAGACCAAGAUGAAGAGCUCACUUUCUGGACACAUAAUAUGCUGCCCUCUUAAACACUCCUGUUUAAGAGCCCUAUUUAACCCCUGUUUGAAAGUUCUCUAGCUAUGCUGUGAGUGCAAGCGGUGUGGAUGUUGAUGUUCUCCAUGGAAAAAUGCCAGACAGAUCUUGCCUUUUCUCUCCUUUUUUUCCUGGUAUUUAUUUGAGCCUGGCAGCCAUCAAACAUUCCAGCUUCAUUCUGUUCCGCUGCAGUUUUAAAAGGGCAGCUGUUAGAGAAAGAGUGUGGAAAAGUGGACCAAAAAAUGUGAAAACUGUGUUCUCCAAGUGUGCAUUCCUUAGAAUAAUGGCUUAUUAGAGUAAACGGGAUGGUUGUGUGGUUCUGAAGAAAUUUUGAAUUCCUCACAGUAUAUAACAUAAAAUGUGGACUUUUAAUGCCUUAAUCAAAAUCAUGAUGCCAUACUUUGUAAGAAGGGAAUUAAAACAGACGUUUCAGCACAUGAUAUAUCAUCAGAGGAACAUCAGCAGGUCGAACAGAACGCUGACCUCUUUAUUUAAUGUUAUGGAAAGACUCUGUUGGUCUUUUUGGUAGGGCAGAAUGACCAAAUUAUUAGAAGUGAGUCAGUUGUUGGCAAAACUUGUUUCAAAGAUUCAGAACUAUGGUCAACACUGAUUUCGUUUUGCAUGAUGCAUAGGAUCCACAUGUGGAAACUGAUUUGUAUUCAGUUUUCUUUUUGUUUUUUUCUUUUUUUUUGGAUUGAUGUGCAAUUUGAUAUUUUGUGGUGAAUUACAGAUUUCUGGAAUUUUCACGUUAUCCUGGUGUACAGAACAUUUGCUUUUUCAUUGUUUUUUCUAUUUUUCUUAUGCACCCUUCAUAUUUAAGGAUGACAUUGCUAUUUAAUUUGUUCACAUUUGUAUUUUAUUUUAGUUUGAAGAAUUUAUACUUGAAAAAAACUUAUUUGAAGAAACCUCUGUUUGUAAAGUUAUAAGCCGUAUACAGACUUUUCCUUGAGAUAUUUUCUUAACUGUUUUUUUUUUUCACGUUUGAGACCAGCUUUUUUUAACCUUUUUUUUAAACAUGUAAAUGUAAUGUAAUGCAAUUGUAACAGCUUUUAACUUCAAGUUUAUCAUUUAACACAUUAUUAAUUUGUUUAUUGAUACCUAUUUUCCAUGUAAUUUACUUGCUCCCCAAUUUUUAGACUGCUGUAAUCAUUCACAGCAGACUUUUAAAGUGCAUUUCCUGACUAAUUUGGCUAAGUUUAAUCUAGGUCUGUGGGCUAAUCCCACAAGCUCUUUCAGGGAAUUUGAUUAAAGGGAAGUGAUGUAGUAUGGAUUAUCAGUCUACAUUAAUAGAGCGCUCUCUGACAUCUAUUACAGAGUCUAGUUUGAGGAGAUAAGCACAUCAGGUUUUGCAGGUUUUGAGCCAUUUGUGCACCCAAAGCUUGGCCUAUCAGCAGGCCUCUGCAUGCUGCCCUCAUUAUUACUACCUAGUAGAAAGCAGAUAGGUACUUAAGUAAAACUGUCAUUAAUUUGGCUCAUGUGAGAGUAAAAGUAACAUUCCAGGAACAAAUAGAGUAGAAGUGCAAAACCACCAGUACAAAAAGCACCGAAACUUCAUCAGAAUAUGCAUCAUCUGUCAAAAAGCAGAAGUUUGUUUGAUUCUGUUCUUCUCUUUUUUUAUGAACUAUUGGUCUAACAUAAAACAAUAAAUCAUAAAAGUCCAAAAGGUGGGACCAAUCGCAAAGCAGUACAGAUGCUGUCACUAACAUAAUGAAAGUAAACAAUGAAGUUAAAAGUAUAUUAAGCUUACUAGACAAAAAAUUAGUUGCAUGCAUCAUUUUCUUUUCUAAUACUUAAUUAUGCAUCCCCUUGCCUUAAUACAGCAUUAAUCCUGUCAGGUAAGGAUUGCACCGGUCACUUGAAACUGUCCUUUUAAACCCACUUUUCUACUAACUGGGUGCAGAUUUCAGUUUGUAUUUUAGCAUUUCACUUGCUGUUCCAAAUUGAGAAUUAGGAGGUUUGCUGUUAUUGCUGGUCAAACUGUUCUAGUGUUCCAUCAUGUCUGUUGAACCAGUCACAUACAGAUACCUUACAGUUGUCAUCCUUUAAUGUGGGGAUGUCAGUGCUGUGUUAUGCUUGGACAUGAAGCACAAAGCUAGUGGGCUAAAAUGGAAAGAAACCAUCUCAAGAGCUUGGUGUAAUCCUUUCCUCCUAUUAAGGCAAAGGGAUGUUUACAGCUACACUAUGUAAGAUUUGGGGAUUUGGAGACCUCUCUGGUGUAAAUGUGUAAUUGCGCAUAACGUGCAGAUAAACAUUUUGUAAUAUUGGUCGUACUCUGACAAUUGCAAGUGUUUCGAAAGAGUAUUUCAAAGAGAACUCAGUCAGAACUUGGUGAAGGACGUGUCUUCCGAGAGUGUACAUGGAGUAUCUACUGUCAUCAGUAUAAUUGUCAUGUUGAUUUUGCAUUUGAGACCUCAACAUCGAGCCAGACCUUCUAUUUGAGUCUGCGUGUGACAAUAAUACAUAAAGAUGUGUGCCGUGGUCAGUAAAACUCGACCUGAAAUCUCUUGACCUUUAAAUUUUACUUUUAUUAUUUCAACAGCGCACAUACACCAUAAUUUAACGUUUUUUUUCUCCUGACUUUCAGUUUUAACAAACAAUCUGACAUAGUGCAGCUUUAACCAAGCAUUGGAGAAGAAAUGAUGCAUGUAGUUUUGUCCAGAGAGCUUAUUUUCCUCACAAUUCUACUUGACUAGAAGUAAAAGUAUUAUAAUUUGAAAAUACUCAGAGUGGUACAAACCCAUCAAACGUUUAGUACGUGUAUCUCUACUCUAAGAGCACCUGUUUGUUUUGUUUGUGUUUUUCUCUGUAAUCUUAUUGCAAUGUCUUGCACAAGAUACUCACGUUGUGCAGUGGUACUGUUUAGUUUCUUGUAGAGCACACAAACAUACACUCUCCUUCUUGAGGAGCUAGUUUUCAAUCUCUUGGGUGAUCUUCACCAGAUGACUGUACAAAUGCUAUAUUGCAAUGUUAAUGACACAAGUCUACAUUCACAGCACCUCAGAACUGGCUAUAAGGGUACUGAAGUGUGUUGGAUCCAGCGGUGGCUCUUCUAUACAGAUCGUUUUGUGUGUCCCGUCCCUAAACAUUCUGGCCUUACUAUUGCUGUAUUUUUUACUGCGUGGAUAGUUUUUGUGGAGGAAUAUGGAGGAGGACUUCACAGUUUCUUUUUUUUUUUUGUUGUUAAGCAUGGUCUAUCAUGUCAUUGGUAUGCAUUGCCAUUUCUGCUUGUAGUGGGUGUGAUGUGUGAUGACAUUACUCCACCAUAAACAAAACCAGCUGGAUAACUGUAAACCAAUAUAUAAAUAUAUUUAUAUACACAUAUACAGUACAGUAUACACAUUCAGUGAUUAUAUACAGUAUGUACAAUUAAGAAAGAUAAGCAGUGCAAAAGUCUGAUGCGUAUAGCUCUCCAUCCUAGAGCAUUUCUUGUGUGAAAUGCUUCAGGGUUACGUAGGAAUGAAAUUGCGAUAAGUUCUUUUGUCUUAAUACGUUAUGGUCCGUUGCUGAUUCGUGACAGUUUCCAUUGCAAAAGGCACUGUAUGUAUAAUCUCAACUGAACUGAAUUUGAACUGAAUGUGAAAAGGUACAGUACUAUGUAAAGGUAAACAAUGAAAUGUCCUGUUUAUAUCCAAGUAAAAUUCUAUGGACAGCUCAGUGCUGCUGUUUGAGACUCUGAGCAAUGUAAACAACCUCACACCUCAAAAGUACAAUGUUCAGUUUCACAGGACGUCUGCACUGUAGACCACGUAUGAAAGCAGGACAUUUCUCUGACAAACCAGGCAGCGUUUAGAAAGCUUUAAUGAUUCUGAUGGCUUUAGUGAUGAUUUUUAUGUGGGAUAAUAUUUGACAAGUAACUGUAGCUCCAUAGGUGGCUUGAUAUGGUGAGUCAUGAAGUGCAGUGAGGAAGGAAAACCCCUUGUACAUAUUAAAACACAUGGACCUUGAACAUGUGGAUGUGACAGAUAUAGAAGUGUGGACUGAGACAGUAGAACACAGGGCCUGGCAGAACUGUGCUGUUGAGUUAGGAGAGGAACACGAGUAGUCGGUUGCUGUGGGUUUGACUGUAGUGUUUAUUAUGCACUCGCUCUGAAUGUAAUUAAACUUAUAUCUAUGUUUGUCUAUAUGUCUACGGUAAAGAAUAGGGGAAAAAAAAACACUUUCUGUAAAGCAAUGGCAAUGUUUAUUUAUUUGCUAGCUUUUCCGUGAUGAAUUAUUGAGCCACAUUCCUUUGCGAUAGCAGGAAUGUUUGUAACAGUAUUUACAACAAUAAAUGACUUACUGAGAAAGUACAAACA